AUGGGGCCCCGCGGCCGCCGCCGCUGCGUUCAUCCCGCACGGGGGGAGGCGGCCGCCAGCCGGGGGUGGCUCGGGCUGGGGCCGGAGGCCUCUACCGGGAGUCGGGUCGUCGGGAGGGGUGGCGGUCGCCCGGGACCCGGCGGAUCCUUUGACGUGAGUUCUAGGCGUUGCCGAGGGAACCGUGUUUACGCAGGAGCGCGGGGCGGGACGCCGACCAAGUACCCUCCGAAAAGCCGCCCACAUCACCUCUCCACGAGGUCUGGGCUUUGGCGGGGGCCCGGCGGACCCCCUCAGCGACUUCAUUUAUAUGGAGGCUACAUGAAACGGGCCUGGGCCUCCUAUAAAUUGGCCAAGUUCAACAAGGGUUCACUCUUGAGCUCUCUUGUCGGAUACAAGUGUCCUACAGGGAGGCCUUUGCUGGGGAUGCUGCUUCCUGUGGAUGUUUCUGGAACACGCAGGGUAGCUGAUGACUUCACACAGGCAGUGACAUCGGACUCUCCAAAAAGAGAGGACAGAGAAGGACCUUUGAUUCAUGUGCAAAUUCGUGGAGAUUUACUGCAUCCCAGGUCCAGGGAGGAAGAGUCUGAUGGUGUACCCUCUGCCUGGCAGUCCAAGCAAGGCUACGUGCUGGGGAUGGAGAGUUUUCCAUAGGAAAAGAGCUAAAGGGAGAAGUUGCCAGAAAGGAGAGGCUCACUUGUAAAGCCUGGACCCUAAUGGGUAACUAAAUACGCCGGUUAAACAUCAUUGUUACUCAACUGCGUCCGCCUCACCUGGGAGCUUUCUAGAGCUGCCCCAUUCCCGGCCAGGUAAAUGAGAAUCUGCAAUUUAAGAUCCCCAGGCAAUUCAUACCCACCCUGAAGUAUGAGAAGUAUCAUUCUAAGGAGGGUGGCAUGGAAUUUAUGGGUUUUAAAAAUUAAAGAGAAGGCUGUCCCAACUCUAAUGGAGUCUAGAGGACUUGGAGCAAAACUCACUGCAAUUUCAUAGUGAAGAGGAGAUGGACCUGCGCCCACACAAUUGCAACCCCUGGUGGGUACUGGUGAGGACCGAGUACUAAUUUAGUGGCCUUGGGGGCUUCAGUGAGUGGCUCUGUGGCUGAGCCAGCACCAGGGGAAUGGAGGCACUUGCUCU